UAAGUUGUUCCCCCGCUUUCUUCAUGACAGUAUCUCAAUAGUUGUUGAUGAGGAUUGUGCGUGAUCUCACGCGUUUUUUCUCCUAUGCGGAAGCUAAAGCGCAUUAAAAACGACAAAGUAAUUGCAAGUUCCACCGAAAGUAAAGUUAUACGUGCAAAAACUAGUGACAAAGUGAUUUGUUAUUUUUUCAAGGCAAAAAAAACGUAACUGACAGCGAGCGGCUCAGGAGCGAAGUGUGUCCUCGGCGUUCGGAAGGCGGCGAAACCGGCAGAAAAAAUCUCUAAAAUCGGUAACUGACAAGAUUUUAGAAACGUGUUGGCAUCGCUCGCAUAACCUCUACCGGCAUUUUUUUUGGCGAGCUUUUUUGGCCGCUUUAAACCAUUCCUUAACACGGGGCUAUCCUUGAAAAAAGCCCCUUGAUCAAAGACACAAUUCCAAACAGGGUCCACACUAUGGACUCCCCUGUCAUCGUGGACACCGCAUCCAAAUUCGGACGAGGAAUCGAUCUGGAUCGCGAGUUCCCUGGUUUCAACUUCGAUGACGACGGCUUCGGAAGGCGUGGAGAUUUCCGUUCACACCUGGACGAUUUAGCCUCUCGUCAUCCAGAGUUCGCUGACCAUCUUCUCUGGGACGACAUCCCCUUCCGUGGAUCCCUGCGAAAUCGCCGGCGAGGAUCUGGAAGUGGAAACAAUUGUCAGGACGAGGACGCCAAAAGCCAAGCGAGUGGAAGUAGUGCAGCCAGUGGCGCGAGUGCCGUAAGUUCUCACGGGGAACCAGAAAUACGACAAGAUUCUCAGGAAGCUAGAAGAAAACCCAUUCCCAAAUACGGCCUCAGAAAUACCGUGGAUAUCGGUCAACACCGAAUGAAUAUGGAGAAUCCAGAGAAAGUCAAUCGCAAUCAGCGAUCGAUGUCCGCACCUCCGGAAAAUCGACAACCCCAGCAAGAUCCCCAACAAAGGUUUGUCUCCAGAGUUGAAAUUACGCCCCAACAACAGCAGCAGCAGCAGCAACAACAACAGGAACAACCACAAAGGGAAAAGUCACCAGGACCUCAGGCACAGCCACAGCCUCAGCAAACUCCACAACAGAAGGCACAACAACAAGGAAAUGUUAGACAUAUCCCUAUUUUUGUGGAGGGCAGAGAUGAACCAGUGAUUCCUAGGAAUGUAGACGAUGUUCCCUUCUCUGGACAGUCGCCACCGCCUCCUCAAUUCCAGCCGCCUCCGCAGUAUCAACAGCCUCCACAAUAUCAGAGUCCUCCACAAUAUCAGACUCCACCACAGUUUCAACCUUCACCACCGACCUUUCAAUCUCCGCCGACCUUCCACAGACCAUCACACUUCAAUGAUCGGUUCGGAAGACAAAACUGGCCGUCACAGUUUCAGGAAGCCUUCUUUGACCAACCCAGAUGGUCACGAGAGGGGCCAGAACGACCUGAACGACCGUUUAAGAAAGACUGGACUCAUGGUCAACAACCGCAUCCUCAGUAUCAGCAGGAAAAACAUCCACAGUAUCAGCAAGAGAAACAACACCCACAGUAUCAGCAGUCCCAGCAUCCACAGUACCAGCAAGAAAAACCACAAGCACAGCAAUCUCAACAAAAGCCAGAACCAGAAAUGCCAAAACCAAAGCCUACACUUCCGAAAGAUCCUCUCGAAAGGGUCGCAAUCGUUCAGAAGGAAGUAGACUCGCUCACCGAACAGGUGAAGAACUACAAAGGAACUUCCAGGAAAGACAAAGAGUAUAUCUACCUUGAUGAGAUGCUGACUCGGGAGCUGAUCAAACUAGACGAUAUUGAAACCGAGGGCAAGGAGAAUGUCCGACAAGCAAGGAAAAACGCGAUAAAGAGUAUACAGGACUCCAUAAAUUUGCUCGAAUUCAUGGUGCCCUUACCAGGUCAGCAACCAACCCAGCCUCAAGAAUCUGAAAAUCAGUCGGAAGAAAAGUCGCCAGAAACUAUGGAUACUGAAGUCCCAGAAGAGGCUCACAACGACAAACCCAUUCCACUACCUCCUGGUCCAUGUUGCUCAUUUCCCGUGGAAGAAAAUAGCACCACUUCGAUGGAACAAAGUCAGGAAAGUGGACAAGUACCUUCUGAAACUAAAAAAUCUGAAGCGCAAGUUGAAUCUACAGCUGAGGAAGUCCAGAAAGCUGAAGCUGAGCUAGUAACCGAAAAGGUUGAAGAAGCUGCGAAAGUGGAGGAGAUAGCUAGUCAAACUAUGGAUGGUAUUACUGAAGCCAAGAGUCCCGUGACGAUGGAAGUACAGGAGGCCGGGAAAAGUGAGUGUCCAGAUCAGGUCGAUGGUCCUAAGGAAGGAGAAGUGCCAAAGGCAGCAAAGUCGCCGAAGAAGAUCAAGAAAACGAAGAAACAACCAGUCCCAGUUUCUGAAGAAGCGAUACCUCUUCCUGCACCCAAAUCUAAUCAAAAAGGAACGAAGUAGCCCGAAAAAAAUGACUCGCGUUUGUUCGGAAGACUUCGAAAAUUUGUCAGGAGCAAAAGCGUCACCAAGUCUCGGGGAAAAGAUCCUUGAAGAUCAAACCCCAAACUACGAAGAAUAAUAUCUAAUGUGACACCUUAGAGAACUGAAGCGAGAAAGUAGGGAUUGUUCAAAUAUUAUGCGGGAUUAUGAAAAAGAUUUAAAUUGGCAAAUGCUUUUGAAAUUGUGUUCCAAACGAAAAUUUUCCGAUAGGCGGUAAUGAAAAGGGAAAUUUUUUUCCAAGAUAUGUAGUAUUUGAACAUUCCCUAGGCAAUUUAGAAAAAUUAAUUUAAUCGAAAGGUUUCCAAGACAGGGAAAAUUUCUUCUGAAAAUCAAAGAGUUCCUGUUUGUAUGAUUAUGUGAAAUACAGGAGAUUUUUUCUAAUUUUUCGAUCCUUUCUAUUCGAUUUUUGUAAAAUAGUGCCUCUUCUAGGAACGCUGUGCGAUUGUCUCUUCCUUUUUCUUAUGGUGCCAUAUCAGGUCAAAAUAGUUAGGGUUUUGUUCCGGUUUAUCGGUUAUAUUUACAAAAUCAAAAAGAAAAUAUAAUAAUUUUUUUCAACUCUAUUGAGCUGAAUCGUUAAAAACUGAUUCGAGAAGAGACUUUGAGUUUGUUGUUUGCUUUUUUUUUAUACCGUGCGUCGUCUCUAUUAAGUUUGUAUUUACUGCGCAGCGUUUUGCGCAUUUUGAUCCUACUUUUUUUUAAAUUUUAAUUUCGAGACAGAAAUUGUGAGAGAGUUUUAGCAAAUCGAUUUUGCAAUGAAAAAAAGAAUCUAAGAUUAAUUUUUUACACUCCGUAGGUCAGGAAACGAGCCUAUUAGAAAAAAAAGUCGCGUCUCUUCGUUUAGUAUUAGAGCGGCGCGAUAAUAAUGGAAAAUAUGAUCGAUUAUUAUUACGUGAUUAUCAUUGCAUUAUUGAUUAUUAUUUUUAAUUUAUUGUAUGACUGGAGAGAUGUGUUGAGAAUGCUCGAGUUGAUUUUGCGAAGUACUAUAAAAUGCUACGUGUGUUCGAACAUGGGCCGUGCAUGUUACAUUUAAAAAUGUUUAGACUUUUUCUCGAGAUUUUUGCUUAUACUUAUUGUUUAAAAAAAUUGUACUCGAUUUUCAAAAAUGUAGACUACGAAAAUUGAAUUUUGACUUUGUAGGUAUCGUUCCAAUAAGAGAAAAGAUAAGUAACCAUCGUCCGAUUUUUGUUCAAGGUGAUAACUUCAUUCUGCCUAAAGAAUUUUUCAUGUAAAAUAUUUCCCAUUUAAGGGUUAGAUUUUUGUGUUCACUCUGAUAUUUUGUAUUAGCGAGGGGAGCAGAAAAAUAGAGUUGAAAGGUAGAUCGUUGUACAAAAUGCCGAGGACGAAUAUAUAAUUAUAUUAUGAUAAGAGUAACAAAUACAUUCUCUCACGUUUGAAA